UCUGUGCCCCCCGAACAGUGUGUGGCUGGAAGGACCGCUCCAUCACCACGUAUGUUGGCGGCGCCUCUUCCGGCUCUCCUCAGGAGCCGGGAUCGCUGGCCUGUUCUUUUAUCAGAAAGAAGAGAUCUAUAUUUUGUUAAUUAAGGAACGUUUUGUGUCCAAUAAGGUUUUCGUCAAUACGCGUGAAAACGCCACAUUAAGCUUAUUUCGUCUGUGAAUACUUAAGCGAAAAAAACACCUCGCCAACAAACUACCCGGCGACAGACUUUAGGCGCCUCCUUUAGCGUCUCCCCGCGGUCGCCACCACCCACCUUUUCCCUACGUCGCAACACGCAGGCGCGCCAGGGCUCACGCGCCGCGCACCGAAGUGCGCCUGCGCCAGGAGACGCCACGCCCAGCCCCCGGCCGACUAUAAAGUGUGGAGCUUCUCCUCGCGAGAGAGUUCGUGUUCAUGCUCGCUGCAGGGGUCGGAGGUCAGGGCGAGCGUCUCGCGGGCCGUAGGAGGAAGAUGGCGGUGGAAUCGCGCGUUACCCAGGAGGAAAUUAAGAAGGAGCCAGAGAAGCCAAUCGACCGCGAGAAGACAUGCCCGCUGCUGCUGCGGGUCUUCACCACUAAUAACGGCCGCCACCACCGAAUGGACGAGUUCUCCCGGGGAAACGUACCGUCCAGCGAGUUGCAGAUCUACACUUGGACUGAUGAUUCCAUGACGCUGCAGUCACAGAAGUUCCAGAUAGGAGAUUACUUGGACAUAGCAAUUACCCCUCCAAAUCGGGCACCCCCUCCUUCAGGGCGCAUGAGACCAUAUUAAAUUCUAUUCACUAUUUCUUGAAUUUAUUUUUUGGUCAGUUGUGUGAAAUAAACUUUUCCUUCCCUGAUUAUUGCCAUUAAGCCUUUAAAUUCCAAACAAAUUAUCAUGCAUUAUCUAUUUAGGAAUUAGAUUUGGAUGUGCUAUCGUAUGGUUACUAAUAGAAAGUCCGUAUGUUUCAAGCCUUUCUGUAAAAUAUGAAGAAAAGUGCUCUUAUCAUUCUGUGUAAAACUGUACUGUUAAAUAUAUGUAUGUAAUCAGCUUGAGUGUGCAAGUUAAUGGAGGCCUGGGAGCAGGGUUUAUACUAAGUGGUAUGGUUAAGCCCACAGCGGGCAGAACAAGAAAGCAACGAGAUUGUAUGAAAUCAAACAUGAGUUUGUGGUGUAGACUGCUGUAUGCAGUUGGAAAGGAUGUGCGAGAGUGAGCUCAAGUGGCAGCAGAGGCAGUUUGGAAUAGUAUAAGCUGAGGCAAGUUGGAGCAGCUGUGUUGGAGGUGAUUGACCUGCCUUGAUUAGGGUACCAUGACAUAAAAGGCUAACAGGUACCACAGUGAGGGCUCCUUAUAUUUUUAACGUGGGGAAUAGGGCAUUUUAAAGGCUGGAACCAGUUCAGAGGAAACAAGGAUUUGGACUUAUGGUAAAAGUGGAAAGGUUUACCUUGAAGAUCUGCAAAUGGAGGCAGGGGUACAGGAGGAAUUUUAAGACCGACACAGAAGCACUAAAGACAAGGUCAGGUUGAGUGAAUAGCAGGUAUUCACACAUCCUCCUAGGUGCUGGUUACUGGCCUGCAUCUGAUUUGAGAGGCAGUGAUUAAGACCAGUGCAUAGAAACAUUUAAAUCCUGAUUGCAGCAGUGGCUCUGUAACCUUGGAUAAUUUACUUGAAUCUUUAUUUUGUAAAAUGGAGAUAAUGGCCUAUAGGACUGUGAAGACUGAAUAUUUUAAAAGAGCUUAGAAUAGUGCCUGACAGAUGAGAAACCAUAAAUACUGGUUAUUAGCUGUAAAGUGGAAUUAAAACCGGAACUCUCCUCUUCCAUGGCACUGUUACAGUCUCGUUGUGAAGUUUAUGAACAAUAUGACAGAGUGUAUUGUCUAAUUCCCUUUGUUACAGUAGCAAAUUGAAAAUGUAUAUCCCAAAAUUUAAUAAAAUUGCACUAGUUUUAUCUGGUACAUACAAAAACAGCCAUUUAAAAUCUAAUGAUUCUGUGGAGUUGGUGUUGCUGUUGGUCCGCAGUGGCAGAGACCAGCCUGGAGCCUAUCUGGUGCCUCUUCUGUGCUGAGAUUUACCCCAAACCUUUAGGUGGUUUAUUCAUUCAGAUUAGAUAGACUGGAGCCUUAUUAACUAUAAAGCCUUAUUAACUUUAUAGUUAAUUUAAACCUAGCUUUUUGGAGAAUAGCCAUGAUUAACUUCCUAUUCAUGGGGAGAAAAAAACCCUGUGAUUUACUAUGCAGAUGAGGGUAGGAACUAAAUAAAGCCCGAGUGGUUGGGCUGGUUUGUGAAAUUCCACCCUUUGCUUGGUUCCAACAUGGAAUUUUUCCUUUGAAGAUUUCAAUAUUCCAUCAAAAGUACAGUUAGAGAAUACCUAGUGAAUUUAUUGAAUAUAAUGUUAAGAAUCAAAAGACUUGUACUUGGUCCUGGUUUACCUCUGGGUUUGGUAAGUAACUGUGACUUUGAGUAAUAACAGCUGUUUCCCCAAAUAUAAAAUAAAUAGUCAUCAUAACAGCCUCUUGGUCAGUGCUUUAGUGUCUGCCCUGGUUGCCUCAUUUGCUCAUAAGUCUUUUGGAAUUGACAUUUUCCCUUUGGAAUAUGUGAGUUAUAGUACAUAACAUUGCCUAUAAUGUCUCUUUAGUGUUUCAUGGUGUACAAAAGCUGGGACAGUUGUGCCCAGCUGAUCACUGACUCAGGUAAUGUUUUAGGUAUCAGUUUUAUGCAUGUGAUGGGCGGGUAUGAAUGGGGGUAGAAAGAAACAUUAUUAGGCUAGGUUUAAAAUUCUCUGAAAUUUAACUGAUAUUAAAUAAUAAAGAGCUGAACUUGA